CUGCGGCAGCCUGUAGUAGUCUUUCCCUUCUCUCUGCCUGGUGUUUCCCUGUUCAACUCUGCCUGGAGUCUCCGAAAUCGCCGUCGCGGCCGCCGUCAAGAUGGCGUCCACUAGCCGAUUGGAUGUACUUCCAAGAGUUACAUGUCCAAACCAUCCAGAUGCUAUUUUGGUGGAAGACUAUAGAGCUGGGGACAUGAUCUGUCCUGAAUGUGGACUGGUUGUUGGUGAUCGUGUUAUAGACGUGGGAUCUGAAUGGAGAACCUUCAGCAAUGACAAAGCUACCAAAGACCCAUCUCGGGUUGGAGAUUCUCAGAAUCCUCUCCUGAGUGAUGGAGACUUGACAACAAUGAUUGGCAAGGGUACUGGAGCAGCAAGCUUUGAUGAAUUUGGAAAUUCAAAGUAUCAAAAUCGCAGAACAAUGAGCAGUUCUGAUCGUGCAAUGAUGAAUGCUUUCAAAGAAAUUACGACUAUGGCAGACAGAAUUAACCUCCCUCGAAAUAUAGUUGAUCGAACAAAUAAUUUAUUCAAGCAAGUAUAUGAACAGAAGAGCCUGAAGGGGAGAGCUAAUGAUGCCAUAGCUUCUGCUUGUCUCUAUAUUGCCUGUAGACAAGAGGGUGUUCCUAGAACAUUUAAAGAAAUAUGUGCCGUAUCACGGAUUUCCAAGAAAGAAAUAGGCCGGUGUUUUAAGCUAAUUUUGAAGGCUUUAGAAACCAGUGUGGAUUUGAUCACAACAGGGGAUUUCAUGUCAAGAUUUUGUUCAAACCUUGGUCUUCCUAAACAAGUACAGAUGGCAGCUACACACAUUGCUCGGAAAGCUGUGGAGCUGGACCUGGUGCCCGGCAGAAGCCCCAUUUCUGUGGCUGCUGCAGCGAUUUACAUGGCUUCCCAAGCCUCUGCAGAGAAAAGGACUCAGAAAGAAAUUGGAGAUAUUGCUGGAGUUGCUGAUGUUACAAUCCGGCAGUCUUACAGACUCAUCUAUCCUCGAGCCCCAGAUCUGUUUCCUGCAGACUUCAAAUUCGACACCCCUGUGGACAAACUACCCCAACUGUAAAUCGCUACAUGUAUGUUAAGCUUUCAUGAACAGUGAACUUGCCUAUUGUAAGAACUGUAUAAAGUGCUGAGAUUGAGCCUUCCUAAUGUGAGGAUGGAGAAACAAGCGUGAAGAUGCAGAAGUAUGAAACAUAUAAUGCACAUUCCAAGGCAAAACAAAAUAAUUGUGUGGCAUUUUGUAUGUAUAUAUUAGUGAAAGUAAAUAUUUAAUGACAGUUAAGAUUAAUUUCUUAUUGUAUUUCAUUUCUUUUGUAGCAUUCUAGUAAAUUGUAUUUUGGAAGAUAUUUGAAAUUAUGUAAUUCCUGAAUAAAUUGUUUUCCAAAAAUAACUUCUUGUUCCACAAAUUAUGUAUUUCAUUGUGAAUAAUAAAGCGAGUCUGAAACAGGA